CAAGCAGGCAGUCGCUGGAAUUUCGAGAGCUACUAACAACAAAAAAGACAAAAAUUGAACGUGUGUGUUUUGAAAAACAAAUGUUAAAACGUAAAAUUAUGUGUCGCUGAUAGGAGGCCAAUGAGUAAUCAGCUCGCCAGCGCUUAAAAUGCUUCACUCGCGCAUCCAGUUCGCCAACUUUACAAAACUUGUCAAAAUUUGUUGAUAAUAGAGAAUUUGUACAAACAAAAAUUAACCAUAAAAAACGCAAAAGAAGAAGAGAAAAGAAAGCUUUAAGCAAUAAUGUGCGACGAUGACGGUGAAAUUUGUGAGUCAGCGACACCGGCAACGCUGACUUCAAGUCCAACUUCAACGUCAACAGCUGAUGGACAUUAUCUCAACUACAAGACACAACAACAAAGAAAACAUAGCUUCAAUUAUAAUAGCAAUAACAAAGUGGAGCAAAUUGAGCACUGGCAGACGACGGAUGUGAUACAAUGGCUGCGCAACAGCAAGGAUCAUUUCUCAGGUCAACUCAUCUCCUGUAUCAAUUCGGAGGCCAUUGAUGGUCAGGUGCUGCUCACAUUAAGCGAAUCGGAUGUGCGUGAUUUUCGCUAUAGGCUUGGCUACUCUCAGGUGCCCUUUGGUGAGCUGAAGCGAUUUUGGUUGCUCGUCAGUCAAUUGCAGCAGCAAUGGACCCACGAGCAGCGACAAAAGUAUCAGCAGCUCCAGCCACAGCACCAGUAUCAGCUGCACGGUGUCCUAACAGAUGCGAUCCACACAUCCUGUGUGCAGGGUGGCAACGCCACCGCAGCCACCAUGACAAACGAAACGUGCCCCUCCCCCUCAACGUGCCAGGACUGCCCAGGUUACAAUUGCAGCAGCAGCAACGGACAACGCGACUGCAGCAGCAGCAAGAGCAGUCAACGUUUGGUGGCACCCGAAUACUUCAAGACGGCCAUUAGCUUAGGCUAUUCGUUUGUGGUGACAUGGAUAACUUCGUUUGUCAUGGUCAUCGUGCAUGAACGAGUUCCCGAUAUGAAACGUUAUCCACCGCUACCGGAUAUAUUCCUCGACAAUGUUCCCCACAUUCCCUGGGCCUUCAAUAUGUGCGAAAUAACGGGUUCACUUUUAUUUACCGUCUGGCUGAUUGUGCUCAUCUUUCACAAGUAUCGAAUGGUGUUGUUGCGUCGCUUCUUCGCAUUAGCUGGCACCGUUUUUCUGCUGCGCUGCGUCACCAUGCUGAUCACAUCGCUGAGUGUGCCUGGUACGCAUCUGCAGUGCAAUCAGAAGGACUUUGCCAUCGAUGAUCCCAACGUGGAUAUGAUUGGUGCGUUGGUCAUACGCAUGACACGUGCCUAUCGCAUCUGGAGUGGAUUGGGAAUGUCCAUCCAAGGGGUGCGCACGUGUGGUGAUUACAUGUUCAGUGGACACACGGUGGCAUUGACCCUGCUCAAUUUCUUUAUUACCGAAUAUACGCCGCGUAAUCUGUACUUCCUGCAUACGAUGACUUGGCUGUUGAAUAUGUUUGGCAUAUUCUUUAUAUUGGCUGCCCAUGAGCACUACUCCAUCGAUGUAUUUGUGGCCUUUUACAUAACGUCGCGUCUCUUUCUUUAUUACCACACGUUGGCCAAUAAUCGGGCUUUGAUGCAAAGCGAUUCGACGCGCACUCGCGUCUGGUUUCCCAUGUUCAGUUACUUUGAGAAUCAUGUGGAUGGCAUGAUACCCAAUGACUUUGAUACGCCCGGUUCGCUCAUCAGUUCAAUGAUCGAUCAGUUGUGCUGGCUCAAGGAUCAACUCGUUUGGGUCUUGCAAGGCAUCACAUUGCCAAAGGCGGCGAAGUCCUUGCAAAUGUUUAAUAGCUCCGAAUCGGAACUGUGCACACAUCCAGCUGGCUCACCUUUUCAUAAUUCACAUCAAUCGAUGGGCAGUGGCAUGAACAAUGUGCGUCCCACAUCGAACACAAGGCCCACGACACCGAUUAAGUUGUCACCACAACCGGUUAGACGAACAAUUCCUUUGGAUAUUCCUACGCCAGUUACAUCUGUACCUCAAGUGGCAAAAAAGAACAAAUGCUACGACUCCGCAGCAGGUGAAACGUUCGUUGGUCGAUGCCAGCGUAAGUCCGUAUGUUAGCGAUAUGAUUAAGAAGGAUGCAAAGGACGCGACACAGCAAGCGACAAAGAAGCAGCUCUGAUUCAGUCUUCCCACACUCUGCUGGCUUACAUUUCUUAUUUGUUUAUCGUCGUUCCACGAAAAGGAAAAAAAAACAUUGCAAAAAAGCACCGACUGAUAAUUUUUACUUUAAAAUUGUUUCUAAUCCCCCCUUUUUCUUCAAUUUUUGCAGCAGCACCUUUAUUUGUAUUAUCUACUCUAUAUACCAAUUGUAGUGCCUUCCGAUUAGUCCCAUUUUCAGGCAUCAAAACGACCUUCUCCUUAUCUAUAUCAAUAGAUAACUCUUAGUUAACUAACUGGAUCAAAAGUGUUCGCAAUUCGCAUGAAAAUAUUGCAUAGAACUUGAAAUGGCUUAUUGAUGAUAAUCCUCAUUCCGUUCAGUUUAGUUAUAAUAUUACGAUUAUUAUUAUUAGUAAAUAAUUCUAAGCAUAAAAUAUAUCUUUAUUUAAGUUAUUUAGUAAUAAGUUUAAACGUUUUUGUUGAAUGCACAAAAUCCAAAUAAAUAAAAUUUCAAUAUGAAGCGGAA